AUGGCACAGCUUCUCAGAGCUAUUAGGAAUAUUAUUGCAACGUUUCACAGCUACAGCAGCGCUAGCACCCCCUGCAACAAACUUAACAUUGAAGAGUUCAACAACUUGAUUCAGAAGGAGUUUGCCAAUAUUAUUGAGGUAUUGCUAAUCAAAUUGCCAUCUGCUCAGUUUUAAUGGGUGGUCUUUAUACAGAGACCCCUAUCGUGCAUCUAUUAUAGUAAAUAUGAAAUAGUAGUUCAGAAAACAAUUUAUGGACUGUAGUGGUUAUGGUGGCACCAUACCACUUUUAAGGGGAGAACAAUUUUUUCAAACAGUUCGAUGCUUCCCUGGGUUUCCUGGGAACACACGUUCUGGCACCACUUGAUGGAAUAUUUUUAACAAAUGGAAAUUCAUCUUCCACUUUAUAAAUAUCAAUUGAGUCCAACUUUGGACAAAACAAAUUAGCUGAGUGUCAGCUAACACUAUCAGCCAAUUAAUUCCAUCCAAAGACAGACUGGACUUAAACAGAUCAUGUAUAAUGUAACAUCUGCUUUAGCAAUAUCAGUGAUGAAGGUCUGGACUGAUGUGAAAUCUGGUAAAUGUCAAACUGUCAGAAAACAGUGGGUAAACACCUGGGGACUCCUAACAACAUAACUGCUACAGGACACUGAACUGGUUAUGGUGCUUUGAGUAGCCCUUUAUGCUUGAAUAGCCAAUAUUGAUGGAAAUCUUGAUGUCUGUUCAUGUGGCGUACAUUUUGCAUGAUAGUUCAUUUUAUUGCAACCUAGUUCAUAUUUGUAACAAUUUGAAAGUACAGAUUCUAUUCUCUCUGUGCACACGCAUGUACAUUCUUCAUACUGCAAGUCAGGACUUUUAAUAUGUUGCCAACCAACCUAAAGGAAUAAAUUAAGGCAAGAAAUCUGCAGAUCUGGCAACCUCGCACCCAGCUUACACCUCACAGAUUGCUCAUUCCCCAGAGAAAAUUGUAUAAGCUAACUAAAACUGGAAUACGAGAACACUCUGAACACACACCUUGUGUAUAGCACAUGGCAGAAGAUGUGACAUAAUUAGUUUGGAUAUAAAUACAGGGCUGGGAUAUCAUCUCGCCCAAUUAUUUAGUAGCACUCUUGGGUGGGUUAGGGGCAUGCUAGUGCACACUGCUGUAAAGUGUGCAGCGUUUCGUGAUCAAAUGGUUUACUAAUUUAAGGUGGCAAAAAAAAACACAAUUUAGUACUUAUUUAUCACAAACCAUGAUCUCCUUAUAAGCUUAUUUUAUUUUAUUUUUUGUGACAGACAAAAAUGCAAAUAUGACAUAGGAGUUUUUCUGGAUUUAUUGGGUGUUCCCCAAAGCGUGUGGGUGUUGGCUCUCCUGGGUGUAACUGUUUAACCUAUCACGUUAACACAAUACAAUAAAUACUUGUGAUAGUCCAGAUAAUGAAAUACAAUUCUUAAAGGGACACUCUGAGCAUUAUAACUACAUAUGAAGGAGAUUUCUAUCACUGUUCAUCAUAUUCAAAUAUAGCUUUGCCUUGUGUCUGCACGGGGUGGGGUCCAUACAGCCACAACGUUUUUGCAGAUCCCCACAGCUAUAUGUCCCCACUCCAUACUGACAUCACAAUUCAUUAUAAUUUUCCCAUGGCUUCUUAGGACAGAGUCUGUACAUGCACAGCCUUAAAUAGCUGCAUUCAUGAAAAAUACAAUUAAGCUGACAGGCAAGCUACAAAAGGGUGCAGUUUCCACUCAGACAUUGUAUCACCAAUCCUGUUCAACAUUAGUAAUAUCUUUGUAUUUCCUUCUUAAAGGAACACUAUAGUCACCUAAAAUACUUUAGCUAAAUAAAGCAGUUUUAGUGUAUAGAUCAUUCCCCUGCAAUUUCACUGCUCAAUUCACUGUCAUUUAGAAGUUAAAUCACUUUGUUUCUGUUUAUGCAGCCCUAGCCACACUUCCCCUGGCUAUGAUUGACAGAGUCUGCAUGAAUAAAAAAAAAAAAAAAAACUGGUUUCACUUUCAAACAGCUGUAAUUUACCUUAAAUAAUUGUAUCUCAAUCUCUAAAUUGAACUUUAAUCACAUCCAGGAGGCUCUUGCGGGGUCUAGCAAGCUAUUAACAUAGCAUGGGAUAAGAAAAUCUUAAUUAAACAGAACUUGCAAUAAAGAAAGCCUAAAUAGGGCUCUCUUUACAGGAAGUGUUUAUGGAAGGCUGUGCAAGUCACAUGCAGGGAGGUGUGACUAGGUUUCAUAAACAAAUGGAUUUAACUCCUAAAUGGCAGAGGAUUGAGCAGUGAGGCUGCAGGGGCAUGUUCUAUACACCAAAACUGCUUCAUUAAGCUAAAGUUGUUCAGGUGACUAUAGUGUCCCUUUAAGCAAUGGCAGCAUUACAUUAGUGUUGUGCAUUUUGUAAGUUUGAUGACUUUGUGUUCGGCUACAUCUUUCAAGAAUGGCAAUGUCCAUUUAUUUACAUAUACUUGCCAAGAAUUGUUGCAGUUACGUUGUCAAGCAUGGAAUGAUCUAAUUUCAGUUCUUAAAUAUAAACCUGCAAUAAUGUAUUAUUCUGGUGCAUCGUACAUGUCUCAUUAAUGUCGGGUUAGUAGCCCAUCAGUUGAAAUAGACAUUCUAGGUUAUUUCAUUUGGGGGAAUUUGUCUCCUGGCCCGUUUCCAUGUUAGCACCAAUUUCAGGUUACACCCUAGUAAUAUUUGGCUUCUUGCAUGUUUUGCACAUACAUUGAAUUUGUAUUUGCUGAUUUUGUGCACAAGAUGCUUGCCAGUGAGUAAAAAUGCUCAAACUUGUGGGAAUGUGGUGGGACUAGCCUGGCAUUAAUGUACAAAUGCAUGCUGUACUGACUGAUAGCCGGUUAGCCCGACCCAGGGCUGCACAUGCACAAAGCACUUUUGAAGGAUUCUGGGCAUGGGCUUCAGUUACAGGAACAUUUUAACUAUAGAAAAACAAACGUUUCUUUAAAUCUGUAGUGUGUCAUUGAUAGACUAGAAUUUCGAGACCCUUUUAAAAAAAAAAUACAAUUAAACUUACCUAUAAUUCUCCUACUGUGAAGUCAUGACGCUUGAUGACUAUUGUCCUGACAGAUACUUCUCAGGAUUGUGGACUUACUGCCCAUUGACAUGAAUUGGUAUGGAUAGAAGCAAAUGUGUCAUCUCUGCCUUAGCCAUACUUCCAGGUCGGGGCCAGGCUGUAGAUAGCCAGUUACACUUAUCCAUUGUUAAACUGCUCACAAAUGGUUUAACAGUGAGUGGAGGGACAGUGCCAGGGGACUCCAUGCACUAUAACCAAUUCAAACUUUUAAUGGGACGCAAUAAAGAGUUAAAAAAAGAAAGCAACACACACCCAGAUUAUCAUAAAUAAUUAUUACAUAAUUAAUUGUGUUAGACUGUUUACAUUAAAUAUCAUAAAUCAUGAUUAUGCUAAAAGCUAAAUUGGUUUGCAUAAUACCAAAAUGCAUGUAAAUAGCAGUACUAUUAUGUUAUGUAUAUAAUUGUACUGUAGAAUCAUAAUAAUUUAAUAAUACAAGCUGUAUAUAUUAGAGAUUAGAGUAUCUUUUGUUAUAUGAUUGCCCUCUCUGUCACAUGGUUCAACAUUUAGUAGCCAUGUACAGAGCAGCUCAGUGUGCCAAGCCUUCAUAAUGAGCAAUAUCCCACUGCAACAGUUUGGUUGAACCUCUCGGUUAAACCACUACCCCUGUGAUGUCACCAGCUACUAGGCUAGUCCUAUUAUUAUCGAAAGAAAGUAGAGAAAAGUAUCAUGUUUUAAACAAAACCUUGUUGAUACCUUAUCGAUAAAAAUGUGCUUUGGGUAGUUAUAUUAGCAAUACCAACAGAUUCCAAAGAGGGAUACUUCUUUUAAGAUUUCUUUUAAAAAAUAUUAAGCUGAUCUACUGUAAGUAUAUUGGUUAUUUUAAUUCAAAAAAAAUAAUGUUUCCAGGGAAAUUUAAAUAUAUAACUUGCAGUUCAUGCUUCUACCUUUUUGCCAAGUUUAAGAAUAACCACAACUCCUUUAAUUUAUUUUCUUUAUACCAGUGACACAUUCUCUAAUUCUCAGUCAAUGGGAAGUAUAAACUCUCAGACACCGUGGAAUUGCCUAAUAUGUAAUGUCAUAUUUGAUCCAAAAUAACAAUUUUUUUUACAUUUAGGACUCGAACAAUCCUCAAACUAUUAGGAAUAUCCUACAUUCCUUGGAUCAAAACAAUGAUGGAGCAGUGGAUUUUGAAGAGUUUCUUGAGCUAGUGUCAAAGGUUGGACUAGCGUAUUAUGAGGCUCUGGAAAGUAAAGGAAAAUGUACUAUAUGUGAGGAAAUCAAAGAAGCAGCCAAAGUAAAAGAAGAAAGAUCUGGUAAAGAUUCAGCAACACUAAUGACUAAAGAGCCCCAAAAACCUGACCAAGAAAAGGAAGGACUAAAGGAUCUGCCUCAUGAAAAACAAGAUUCAGCACAAUCACAGAUACAGAAAUCAGAUUCAACACAAACGAGAAAAAAUCAAGCACAGGCUUUGCAAGAUAUUUCUCAAAAACAUGAAUUGCCCAAGGAACAAAGCAAGUAUUCCAAAUAUGAUCAACCUCCAAAACAAACCAGUUCCCAAACACUGGAGACAGCCCCAGAUCAAAGUUUAUUUGUUCAACCAGAUCAAACCAAGAAACUGGAACAUAUUCAGAAGACUAAACCCACUCAGAAACAAGACCCAUUACAAAAACAAGAUCUAGAACAGAUACCAGACCCAACACAGGAAAGUGACCUAUCUUGGACAAAAUUAACACAAAAACAAGACACAACGCAAAAGCAAGACACAUCUAAUAAAUUAGAUUCAAUACAUGAACCAAGCCAUUUUCAGAAACUAGGUUUACAACAGAAAGAAGACAAUUCUGAGAAACAAGACCCAACUCAGAAACAAGAUCCAAAACAGAAAAAAGACUCAUCCCAGAAGCAAGACCAAAUAAAGAAACAAGACAAGACUCCAAAACACAAUUUACCAGAAACAAAAUACCCAGAACAGCAGCAUGAACAAUUUCAGUCACAAGAUACAACAAAGAAACAAGACCCAUGGCAAAAACAAGUUCAAACUCAAAAACAAGAUCUCACACAGAAACCAGAUUUAAAACAGAAAGAUGCUUUUCAGAAACAAGAUACUGCACAGAAAGAAAAGCCAUCUCAGAAGCAAGACACAACAGAAACCCAAUAUUCUUCACAGAAAAAAGACCAAACUCCACAACUAGAUUCCACACAUAAACAAAAUCAUACACCAAAACAAGUAUUUCAACAGAAGGAAGACAUUUGUCAGAAACAAGACCAGUUAGAAAAACAAGAUUACACUCCAAAACAAGACCCAACACAGAAGGAAGAACCCUCUCAGAAACAAGACACAACAAAGAAACAAGACACAGCACAGAAACAAGAUCACACACUAAAACAAGAUUUAAAACAGAAAGAUGACAUUUCUCAGAAACAAGACCCAGCACAGAAAGAAGCCCCAUCACAGGAACAAGACAUAAAGAAACAAGAGCCAGCACAAAAACAAGACACAACAAAGAAACAAGACUCAUCACAGAAACAAGAUUUAACACAGAAACAAGAUAUAAAACAGAAAGAUUACAUUUCUCAAGACCCACUACAGAAAGAAAAAACAUGUCAGAAACACGACACACAGCAGACACAAGACACAGCACAUAAACCAAAACAAGAUUUAAAACAGAAAGAUAACAUUUCUCAGAAACAAGACCAAGCACAGAAAGAAGAACCUUUUCAGAAACAAGACACAACAAAGAAACAACACCCAACAAAGAAACAAGACCCAUUGCAGCAACAAGAUCAAACUCCAAAACAAGAUUCAACACAGAAACAAGAUGUAAAACAAAAAGAUAAAAAUUUUCACAAACAAGACCAAUUACAGAAAGAAAAAACAUGUGAGAAACAAGACACACAACAGAAACAAGACCCAGCACAGAAACAAGAUGAAACACCAAAACAAGAUUUAAAACAGAAAGAUAUAAUUUCUCAGAAACAAGAGCCAGCACAGAAAGAUGAACCUUCUCAGAAACAAGACACAACAAAGAAACAAGAGCCAUCGUCGAAACAAGAUCAAAUUUCAAAAGACGAUUUAACACAGAAACAAGAUGUAAAACAGAAAGAAUGCAUUGUUCAGAAACAAGACCCAGCACAGAGAGAAGCACCAUCUGAGAAACAAGACACAAAGAAACAAGAAUCAGUACAAAAGGAAGCACAAUCUCAGAAACAAGAUAGCACUACACAACAAGAUACCACACCUAAACAAGAUUUAAAACAGAAAGAUGGCGGUUUUCAGAAACAAGACCCACUACUGAAAGAAAUAACAUGUAUGAAACAAGACACCAAACAGAAACAAGACGAAACACCAAAACAAGACCCAUUACAGAAAGAAGAACUUUCUCAGAAACAGGACACAACAAAGAAACAAGACCCAUCACUGAAACAAGAUCAAACACCAAAACAAGAUUUAAAACAGAAAGAUGACAUGUCUUGUAAACAAGACCCAGCACAGAAAGAAGCACCAUCUGAGAAACAAGACUCAAAGAAACAAGAAUCAGUACAUAAAGAACCACAAUCUCAGAAACAAGACCCAGCACAGAAACAAGAUGACACUCCAAAACAAGAUUUAACACAGAAGCAAGAUGUAAAACAAAAAGAUGACAUUUUUCAGAAACAAGACCCACUACAGAAAGAAAAAUCAUUUCAGAAACAAGACACGACAAAGAAACAAGACACAACAGAAAAACAAGAUCAAAUACCAAAACAAGAUCUUAAACAGAAAUAUGAAAUUUCUUGGGAACAAGAUCCAGCACAGAAAGAAGCACCAUCUGAAAAACAAGACCAAGCACAGAAACAAAACCAAACUCCAAAACAAGAUUUAACACAAAAACAAGAUGUAAAACAGAAAGAUAACAUUAUUCAGAAACAAGACCCACUACUGAAAGAAAUAACAUGUAAGAAACAAGACCCAUCACAGAAACAAGAUGAAACACCAAAACAAGAUUUAAAAAAGAAGGAUAGCAUUUGUCAGAAACAAGACCCACUACAGAAAGAACUUUCUCAGAAACAGGACACAACAAAGAAACAAGACCCAUCACUGAAACAAGAUCAAACACCAAAACUAGAUUUAAAACAGAAAGAUGACAUGUCUUGGAAACAAGGGCCACUACAGAAAGAAAAAUCAUGUCAGAAACAUGACACAGCAGAGAAACAAGAUCAAAUACUAAAACAAGAUCUUAAACAGAAAGAUUACAUUUCUUGGAAACAAGACCCAGCACAGAAAGAAACAUCAUCUGAGAAACAAGACUCAAAGAAACAAGAAUCAGUACAUAAAGAAGCACAAUCUCAGAAACAAGAUCCAGCACAGAAACAAGACCAAACUCCAAAACAAGAUUUAACACAGAAGCAAGAUAUAAAACAGAAAGAUGACAUUUAUCAGAAACAAGACCCACUACUGCAAGAAAUAACAUGUAAGAAACAAGACACACAACAGAAACAAGACACAGCACAGAAACAAGAUCAAUCACCAAAACGAGAUUUAAAACAGAAAGAUGACAUUUCUCAGAAACAAGACCCAUUACAGAAAGAAGACCUUUCUCAGAAACAGGACACAACAAAGAAACAAGACCCAUCACUGAAAAGAGAUCAAACACCGAAACAAGAUUUAAAACAAAAAGAUGACAUUUCUCAGAAACAAGACCCAUUACAGAAAGAACUUUCUCAGAAACAGGACACAACAAAGAAACAAGACCCAUCACUGAAACAAGAUCAAACACCAAAACAAGAUUUAAAACAGAAAGAUGAAGUGUCUUGGAAACAAGACCCAGCACAGAAAGCAGCACCAUCUGAGAAACAAGACUCAAAAAAACAAGAAUCAGUACAUAAAGAACCACAAUCUCAGAAACAAGACCCAGCACAGAAACAAGAUGAAACUCCAAAACAAGAUUUAACACAGAAGCAAGAUGUAAAACAGAAAGAUGAAAUUUUUCACAAACAAAACUCACUACAGAAAGAAAAAUCAUUUCAGAAACAAGACACGACAAAGAAACAAGACACAGCAGAGAAACAAGAUCAAAUACCAAAACAAGAUCUUAAACAGAAAUAUGAAAUUUUUUGGGAACAAGAUCCAGCACAGAAAGAAGCACCAUCUGAAAAACAAGACCCAGCACAGAAACAAGACCAAACUCCAAAACAAGAUUUAACACAGAAACAAGAUAUAAAACAGAAGGAUAGCAUUUUCCAGAAACAAGACCCACUACAGAAAGAACUUUCUCAGAAACAGGACACAACAAAGAAACAAGACCCAUCACUGAAACAAGAUCAAACACCAAAACAAGAUCUUAAACAGAAAGAUGACAUUUCUUGGAAACAAGACCCAACACAGAAAGAAACAUCAUCUGAGAAACAAGACUCAAAGAAACAAGAAUCAGUACAUAAAGAAGCACACUCUCAGAAACAAGACCCAGCACAAGCCCAAACUCCAAAACAAGAUUUAACACAGAAGCAAGAUGUAAAACAGAAAGAUUACAUUUUUCAGAAACAAGACCCACUACUGCCAGAAAUAACAUGUAAGAAACAAGACACACAAGAGAAACAAGAUCAACCACCAAAACAAGAUUUAAAACAGAAAGAAUACAUUUCUCAGAAACAAAACCCAUUACAGAAAGAAGACCUUUCUCAGAAACAGGACACAACAAAGAGACACGACCCAUCACCGAUAAGAGAUCAAACACCAAAACAAGAUUUAAAACAGAAAGAUGACAUUUCUUGGAAACAAGACCCAGCACAGAAAGAAGCACAAUCUGAGAAACAAGACUCAAAGAAACAAGAUUCAGUACAGAAAGAAGCACAAUCUCAGAAACAAGACCCAGCACAGAAACAAGAUGAAACUCCAAAACAAAAUGUAAAACAGAAAGAUGACAUUUUUCAGAAACAAGACUUACUACUGAAAGAAAUAACAAGUAAGAAACAAGACCCAGCACAGAAACAAGAUGAAACACCAAAACAAGAUUUAAAACAGAAGGAUAGCAUUUGUCAGAAGCAAGACCCAUUACAGAAAGAAGACCUUUCUCAGAAACAGGACACAACAAAGAGACACGACCCAUCACUGAAAAGAGAUCAAACACCAAAACAAGAUUUAAAAAAGAAAGAUGAAAUUUCUUGGAAACAAGACCCAGCACAGAAAGAAGCACCAUCUGAGAAACAAGACUCAAAGAAACAAGAUUCAGUACAGAAAGAAGCACAAUCUCAGAAACAAGACCCAGCACAGAAACAAAAGGAAACACCAAAACAAGAUUUAAAACAGAAGGAUAGCAUUUGUCAGAAGCAAGACCCAUUACAGAAAGAAGACCUUUCUCAGAAACAGGACACAACAAAGAGACACGACCCAUCACUGAAAAGAGAUCAAACACCAAAACAAGAUUUAAAAAAGAAAGAUGAAAUUUCUUGGAAACAAGACCCAGCACAGAAAGAAGCACCAUCUGAGAAACAAGACUCAAAGAAACAAGAUUCAGUACAGAAAGAAGCACAAUCUCAGAAACAAGACACAGCACAGAAACAAAAGGAAACACCAAAACAAGAUUUAAAACAGAAGGAUAGCAUUUGUCAGAAGCAAGACCCAUUACAGAAAGAAGACCUUUCUCAGAAACAGGACACAACAAAGAAACAAGACCCAUCACUGAAAAGAGAUCAAACACCAAAACAAGAUUUAAAACAGAAAGAUGACACUUCUUGGAAACAAGACCCAGCACAGAAAAAAGCACCAUCUGAGAAACAAGACCCAGGACAGAAACAAGAUCAAACUUCAAAACAAGAUUUAAUACAGAAACAGAAAGAUGACAUUUCUCAGAAAGAAGACUCACUAGAGAGAGAAAAAUCGUGUCAGAAGCAAGACACAACAAAGAAACAAGACACAGCAGAGAAACAAGAUCAAAUACCAAAACAAGAUCUUAAACAUAUAUAUGACAUUUCUUGUAAACAAGGCCCAGCACAAAAAGAAACACCAUCUGAGAAACAAGACUCAAAAAAACAAGAAUCAGUACAGAAAGAGGCACAAUCUCAGAAACAAGACCAAGCACAGAAACAAGAUCAAACUGUAAAACAAGAUUUAACACAGAAACAAGAUGUAAAACAGAAAGAUGAUGUUUUUCAGAAACAAGAUCCACUACUGAAAGAAAUAACAUAUAAGAAACAAGACACACAACAGAAACAAGACCCAUCACAGAAACAAGAUGAAUUACCAAAACAAGAUUUAAAACAGAAAGAUUACAUUUCUUGGAAACAAGACCCAGCACAGAAAGAAACAUCAUCUGAGAAACAAGACUCAAAGAAACAAGAAUCAGUACAUAAAGAAGCACAAUCUCAGAAACAAGAUCCAGCACAGAAACAAGACCAAACUCCAAAACAAGAUUUAACACAGAAGCAAGAUGUAAAACAGAAAGAUGAUGUUUUUCAGAAACAAGAUCCACUACUGAAAGAAAUAACAUAUAAGAAACAAGACACACAACAGAAACAAGACCCAUCACAGAAACAAGAUGAAUCACCAAAACAAGAUUUAAAACAGAAAGAUAUAAUGUCUCAGAAACAUGACCCAUCACAGAAAGAGCUCUCUCAGAAACAGGACACAACAAAGAAACAAGACCCAUCACUGAAACAAGAUGAAACACCAAAACAAGAUUUAAAACAGAAAGAUAGCAUUUUUCAGAAACAAGACCCACUACUGAAAGAAAUAACAUGUAAGAAACAAGACACAAAACAGAAACAAGAUGAAACACCAAGACAAGAUGUAAAACAGAAGGAUGACAUUUCUCAGAAACAAGACCCACUGAAGAAAGAAAAAUCAGGUCAGAAACAUGACACAGAGGAGAAACAAGAUCAAAUACCAAAACAAGAUUUAACACAGAAACAAGAUGUAAAACAGAAAGACAUUUUUUUUCAGAAACAAGACCCACUCCUGAAAGAAUUACCAAGUAAGAAACAAGACCCAUCACAGAAACAAGACCCGGCACAGAAAAAAGAUCAAACACCAAAACAAGAUUUAAAACAGAAAGAUAGCAUUUGUCAGAAACAAGACCCAUUACAGAAAGAACUCUCUCAGAAACAGGACACAACAAAGAAACAAGACCCAUCCCAGAAACAAGAUCAAACACCAAAACAAGAUUUAAAACAGAAAGAUGACAUUUCUCAGAAACAAGACCCACUACAGAAAGAAAAAUCAUCUCAGAAACAUGACACAGCAGAUAAACAAGAUCAAAUACCAAAACAAGAUCUUAAACAGAAAUAUGACAUUUCUUGGAAGCAAGACCCAGCACAGAAAGAAGCACCAUCUGAGAAACAAGACUCAAAAAAACAUGAAUUAGUACAGAAAGAAGCACAAAAUCAGAAACAAGACCCAGCACAGAAACAAGAUCAAAAAGAGGAUCAGAAAAUUAAACAGAAACAAGAUUUAAAGCAAAAAGAUGACAUUUCUGAAAAACAAGACCCAGCACAUAAGCAAGACCAAUCUCAGCAUAAAGAUCAGACUCUGAAAGAAGACCCAAAACAGAAACAAGACUCAUCUAAAAAACAAGAUACCGAGCAUAAGCAAAACCAAACACAAAAACAAGACAUUUCUCUCAAAGAAGAUCUAACAUGGAAAUGGGACACAACACAGAUACAAGAAACAUCUCAAGAACAAGACCCUGCAAAGCAGCAAAUACCAAAGCAGAUACAGGAUCAACUACAGAAACAAGAUUUAAAACAGAAAGAAUUAUUUAAAAAGCAAGACCAGACACAGAAACAAGGACAAUCAUAUGAAGAAGACAAAACUCAGAAGGAAGAUCAAUCUAAAAAACAAGACAUUUUUCUGAAACAGGAUCCAACACAGCAUCAAGAUGUUUAUGAGAAACAAGACUCACCCCAAAAAGAAGAACCCAGACAGAAACAAGAGCCAUUUCAGAAAGAAAACUUAACUCUGAAGCAAAAACAAGCAGAGAAAAAAGAUAUUCCCCCGAAAGAAGACCUAACACAUAAAACAGAUUUAACAUGGAAAUAUGAUAAAACACAGACCCAAGAACCAUCUCAACAUGAUUCAACACAGAAACAAGGACCAUCUGAUAAACAGGACACAACUCAAAAGGAAGAUCAUACCCAGAAACAGGAUCCAAUACAGAAACAAGAUAAAUCUCAGAUACAGGACACAACUCAGAAUCAAGCUCAAACAAAAAAACAAGGUCAAACUCAUAAACAAGACAUUUCUCAGAAACAAGAUCUAACACAGAAGCAAGAACUAUCUCAGAAUCCAGAACAAACACAAUAUCAGCAUCCGACACAGAAGCAAGAAGCAUCACGUAAACCAGAUUCAGCUCAAGAUAAAAACCAACCACAAAAACAAGACAGUUCCUGGAAGCAAGAUCCAAAACAAAAGCAAGAUCCAACAUGGAAAUAUUGUGCAACACAGACACAAGAACUAUCUCAAAAACAGGACCCCACACAGAAACACGAUCUACAAAAGAAACAGGAUUCAAAACAGAAAGAAGACAUUUCUCAAACACAAGACCCAUAUCAGAAAAAAGACUCAUCUAAGAAACAGGAUUGUUUAAAAGAAUCAUCUCAGACACCAGACACCGCCCAGAAAGAAUACCAAAAACUUGCAACAGUGACACAAGAAACAACACAAAAACAAGAUCAAUCCCAGAAAGAAGACACUAUACAGAAUCAAGAGUCAUCGUGCAAAUAUGAUAUCACUGGGAAACAAGACCCAUCUGAGAAACAAGUUCCAACACCAAAACAUGACCCAAACAAAAAACAAGAUGAAACACAGAAACAAGACCCAGCAUUGAAACAAGAUGUCACAUGGAAACCUGACACAAUACAAAAACACAAACUAUUUGAAAGUCAAGAAGGCAUUUCUCAUAAACAAACCCCACCACAGUCACCAGAUCCAUUUCAGAAGGAAGACACAACUCAGAUUCAAGACAUUCCUCUGAAACAACACCCACUCAAGAAACAAAAUGAAAAUCAGAUCGAAAACUUAUCUCAGACACAACAUCACACAUCCACACAAGACCAAACACAGAAACAAGACCUAAAAUGUAAAUCAGAUGCAGCACAAAAGCAAGACCCAAUUCAGGUGCAAGACCCAACAAAAAAAUACGAUCCACCACAGAAGCAAAAUCAGAGUGAAGAGACGACAACAAAGAAAACGGAAUGCCGUGAAACACAUUAUGUAUUUCAAACGCAAGACAAUUUACCACAUGAUCAUAUGCAGAAACCACAAGAUGUAAAAGGAGAACAGAUGUUCCAAAUGCCUCAACAAUCAUCACAUUCUGUGGAGCACUGGCAGUGGCAUGAAGUAAGUUUACCUUCCAGUUAUUACCAAGUACACAAAUUAGAACACAAGCAACCCCAGCAAUCAGUCCACGAAAAGGUAAACACAUCUUGGCCUGUGAAUGAGCAGCAGUUUUACACAAAUUUGAAUCCUGGUGCUAGUUUAAUGCAUCAAGAUAAUGUGCAGCAGCAACAAAAGAAGGAACAGACACGCACAGAAAAUCCACUAUAUGCUCUCUCACAGCAGUCUCCAAAACUACUAAGGAACCGUGAGUCUGUCCAGCACACCGUGACUGAAUCUUGGCAUUCCACCACACCUCAACAGCCUUCACUGAAACCAGAAGAAAAAUGCAACAUCCAGCAAAACCCCUCUGCCCAAGGAGCACAAGGCAAAAUGCAAACAAGUACCUCCUCAGACACACAAACAAGUCCUACAUCAAAGGAGGAAAAAACAAAAUCGAGCCAAAAAGGCUUCAAAUGGCCAUGGCAGUGAUCACCCAUCUAUAGGUAACUGAAUUUGUGGUAUCUCAACCUGCCACCUAUUAUUUAAUAAACGCUCUAUCUUCAAGUUGGCUUACCAAAGCUAGUAGCAGUAUCAACUCUUGUUCUCAAUGUUAAAAUAAAUAAUGUUGCUUAUUUGAUUAAAGAUUCCAAAAGCCAGUCCUAAAGACCCCAGUAGACAUAGUUUUCAUUUUCUCAUUGUUUGAGCAGAUAUAACCUAGUCUGAAUGCCUCUGACAUUGACUGACCUGCCUUUUAUUUUGGUAUGACACCCUUUUCUAAUAGUGCUGACUAAGACAAACACAAUUAUGUACAAACAGUACCUUCUGUCCUAAUUAAAACAGGAACAUGCUCUUGUACUAAUAUCGUAAUGUAAACUUUUCCAUACUAGGAGAUAUCACAUGAAUAUUUUAUUUUAUGAAUGCACUAAAAUGUAAAGAAUUGCAAAAGACUUGAUAUAGCAGUAGAAAGAGGGAAGUGCUUGUGCCAUUGUACAGAACACUGGUGAGGCCUCACUUGGAGUAUUGUACGCAGUACUGGAGACCGUAUCUUCAGAAGGAUAUUGAUACCUUAGAGAGAGUUCGGAGAAGGGCUACUAAACUUGUUCAUCGAUUGCAGGAUAAAACUUACCAGGAAAGGUUACAGGAUCUUAACAUGUAUAGCUUGGAGGAAAGACGAGACAGGGGUGAUAUUAUUAUUAUUACUGGUAUUUAUAUAGUGCCAGCAUAUUCCAUAGCGCUUUACAAUGUUAUCAAAGGGGGGGGGGGAGGGAGUUAACAAUAAAUGAGACAAUUACAAAAAUUUACACGAACAAUAGGUUGAAGAGGACCCUGCUCAAACGAGCUUACAAUCAAUAGGAGAUGGGCGUAAAACACAACAGGACAGAAGGUAGAAAUCAAACAAGGUGGAGUGAAGCAGAGCUGGAGGAGACUGCCCUUUAGGAGACAGUAAAGGACAGCUUUGUGAGGUAGAGGUUACUCUGGGAGGCAAUAAGCUUUCCUAAAGAGUUGGGUUUUGAGGCACUUUUUAAAUGAUUGAAGACCAGGGGAGAGCUUGAUGGUCGUAGGCAGGCUAUUCCAAAGGAAAGGAGGCACCUGCGAGAAGUCCUGCAAGCGUGAGUUGGCUGUACGGGUGUGAGCAGCAGACAGGAGAAGGUCAUGGGCAGAGCGGAGAGACCGAGAAGGGGCAUACCUGCGGAUCAGUUCAGAAAUAUAGGAGGGGCUAGAAUUGGUCAGUGAUUCAUAGGUGUGGAUUAGCACCUUGAAUUGACUUCUAUAGGGUAGAGGAAGUCAAUGUAAGGACUGACAGAGUGGAGAGGUGUGAGAGGAGCGACAGGAGAGGAAAAUCAGUCUAGCUGCAGCAUUCAUUACAGACUGUAGCGGGGCAAUACGACUUGUGGGAAGACCUGUUAGGAGAGAGUUACAAUAAUCCAUGCGAGAGAUUACUAGAGCAUGGACAAGCUCCUUAGUAGCAACUUGUGUAUGAAAGGGGCAGAUGCAGGCUAUGUUUUUAAGGUGGAAUCUACAGGACUUGGUAACAGACUGGAUGUGAGGCUCAAAUGUGAGGCCAGAAUUAAGUAUAACACCAUUUGAUAGAAACAUUUAAAUACAUAAAGGUAAUCAACACAGUAAAGGAGGAGACUAUAUUUAAAAGAACAAAAACUACCACAACAAGAGGACAUUGCCUUAAAUUAGAGGGGCAAAAGUUUUAAAAUAAUAUCAGUUAGUAUUACUUUACUGAGAGGGUAGUAGAUGCAUGGAAUAGCCUUCCAGCUAAAGUGAUAGAGGUUAACACAGUGAGAGAGUUUAAGUAUGCAUGGGAUAGGCAUAAGGCUAUUCUAGACUUAAGAUAAGGCCAGGGAAUAAUGAAAGUAUUUCAAAAAUUGGGCAGACUAGAUGGGCCGAAUGGUUCUUAUCUGCCAUCGCAUUCUGUUUCUAUUUUUCUAUAUAUCCUGGUUCCCACAUUGCUGUAGUUGACUGAGAGGUUACAGCUUGUGAAUUGCUAUUGUAUAUCAUUCUCUCUGGAUAUAUAUUUUUAAUGCUCCUAAAACUGUGUCCAGUUCUUACCUUCUAUUUUAUUGUGUCAUAUUUUUAUGAUCACACUUAUAUCAUCCGUAACUCUUCGUUUAUGGGAUUUGACUAUUACAAAUAUACAGAAUAUUUAAGAACAAUUCAUGAAUUGACAGAUACUCUAAGACUAAUGUAACACUCCAAAAUGAUUUGGCAAGUUAGUAUAUUGAAGUAGCUCUGUCAGUUCAUAAUUCAAGGCAUUGGCUUCUGAAAACCAUUUUGUUUGAAUUAUUUUCUCCAAACACAUAAAGAUUCUACAAUCUACUAAAUAUAAUGGAUUUGGGAAUCCUUAUUGCAGUAUAUGUUUUUACCUGGGUGACUAACCUAAAACACCAACAUAGUUAUAUACUAAAAUGUGAAUUGUCAGGAACUGAAAGUGAAUUCAAACUGAAUUUCAAAGUUUGGGCCAAAACAGACGAAUUAGAAAAAAAAAUCCAUAUUUUUAAAUUAUUAUUUUUUUUGGCUUAAAAUUUUAAACUCACUCUGAAUUCCUGACAAUUCCCACUUUAGUAAAUAUCUGUCAAUAUUGCAUCAUAUGCUGUGUUUCUAUAUUAAAUAGUUACGUUUCUGGAUAUUUUAUCUAGUAAUAUAUAGAUAUCCUUUUAAUGAACAAUGAUUUAUAUUGGUAUCUUUAUUUUUCUCUAGGUAUAUCUGGACCUACUUUUAGAACCCUAAACUAUCUUAUAUCUCAACAACUAUACAAGAAUUUAAUGUGGUGGUGUUCUUACUUAUAGCCAAGCACAAACUUAUUGUUGCAGUUAUGGUGCAAGAAGUGUUUUGAUAAAAAGCUUGAAAUCAGCCAAUGCUUGGGCCCUCUACUGGCACGAGUUUGUUUUGUAUGCAGUCUGUAUUAGCUUGCUUGUUUUCUUCUUCUAAUAAAGCAAAUUACCCAUGUUGGUAAACCAAUAAUAAACCUUAAUGUGUG